AUAGACAGCCGAUUAUACUCAUCCGCUUUUGUGCUGCCCUCUGCCGGGAAGAACAGUAACUACAAACGUAAACAAACUGGCUUGCGGGAGAGGUUUCAGCUAGACAGCCCUGAGAAAGUCAUCAGACAAGUAACAUCCUUAAACCAUCGCCAAAGGAAUAAGGAUUUCAGAGCAGAAUAUUUGAAGGUACCAUAUAUUUUUCCUGGACACCAUGAAUCACUGCCUGUUUCGUAAUAAAGAGAAAAGAGGAAGAACAUAAUUUUAUUUGACAAAAGAUUGGACUUCUUUGUACAACUACCGCUCUGUGAAGUGUGUUUUAUAUUCCGCCAGAUGGCUUCUCUGGAGGACCAGUAUCAGAAGGCCUUGAGGCUUUACCAGGAGGACAGUGCCAAUGACCCAGAGUCUGAACCUUACAAGUCCAAAUAUGCUGCCAGGGAGAUAUUUGAGGAGCUGAAAUCCCGUCUAAGCAAACAAUUGGAUGAAGAUGAUGUAGAUGAUGCUGCAGAGGACCAGCUAGUUGAGGAAGGAGUUGAUGGUGUAGGUUUGACAAGGGCACGCAUGGCUGCUGUAGUUUAUCACCUGGGCGUUAUUGCUGUAGAGACUGAAGAGCUGUCAACAGGAGAGGAGCACCUGAAGAGAGCCCUUAUUAUUCUUGGGGAUCAUGAGGGUAUUGCCACAGGUGUGUCCUCAAUGAAAGUUGGUGAUGAAGGAGUGCUUUCAGCAGCACUAUCAGGUGAUGUUGAUUCCCUGCUGUCCAGCUCUUCUAGCGAAACUGUAUCAGUCAGUCCUGCCACCAUAAGUGCUACAAGUGUUGCAUUGGCCAUCAGUUGCCACAACCAGCUUGGCAUUCUCUGGUCUCAUAGGAAUGUGUUUAGCACAGCAAGACGUCAUUUGGAUCGUGCUAAUGUAAUUUAUGAAGAGUAUCAGAAGCAGAAUGCAAGUUCACCAAGGACAAUCCACAGCUUGUUCUCUGCAUGUACAGAGAGUGACCCAGAUGAAAACAGUGGCACAGCUGCCUUGGAGAAACUACAUACACUUACCUUUUAUUAUCUAGCACAGGUGUAUGGACACCUAGGCAUGCCAGAAAAAUCAGCUUGGUAUUGCCAUUCUACGCUUCAAAGGCAGUUAGCAAGCAAAGACUACGACCCUGUUGAAUGGGCUAUUAAUGCAGCUACUCUGUCCCAGUUUUAUCAAGGCAAAGAGAAGUUCAGAACGGCAAGACAUCUGUUAGCAUCAGCCUCAAAAGUGUUAUCCAGCCAUGAGGCAGAAUUCGACACCCAGCAAGCAGAGUCAGAGGAAACCGCUUCGAAACAGGAGAGGUACAAACGGCGUUGUGCUGAUGUAGCCCGGUGCUGGGGGAGAUACUGUCUCCUGCUGAUGCAAGUAUCAGUUAACCGUGCCAUUCCCGAUGAUCCGCAGGAUGAGCCCAGUCAACAACAGGAACCAGAAGAAGAAUCUCUGGACAGACAGCUAGAAUUCGUGCAACUAGAAGUGAGUGAUCUUGAAUCUGAAGUUGUAUCAGCACCAGUAAGCACCUUCGAAGAAAUGCGUCCUCUGUUUUUAUGUGGCUUAAGGCAUUUUACAGAGGCUCGGCAGUAUUACAGCCUUGAGGACCAUGCCAGUGAUCACGUUAGCAUCACCCAAGACAUGAGUCAGUUGUAUAAAGCUCUUGCAUUCUUUGAGCCAAGCGAAGAUAGAAGAUCCAAGAUGCACAAACGAAGGAUUGACCUCUUAAAGAUUCUUGUCCAGGAAUUAAAUCCUCAGUAUUACCUUCAUGUAUGCAGGCAGCUGAACUAUGAAAUUGCAGAGACCUACUCAGCCAUGAUGGACAGCAAGUUGGCCCUUUUGGAGCAUGGUUCAGGGACACCAACACCUGCUCAGGCCAAAAAGAUUAAUACCCUCGCAACCUCGAGCAUACAGCACUUCCUCCACUACCUUGAUUCCAUGAAGGAUGCUACAAGUGGAGAACAGCCAGAGAAGUACUCAGAGGAUUCUGUAAGGCCAGCACUGAUUGCUUGGUUCCACUUGGGUCGUUUAUGGUCGAAGCUUGUUUCUCCGUCCCCCCAAAGCCGACUCCAGAAUGUUGCCCACUCUCUCCAGAAUUACAAGAGGGUAGUUGCGUACUGUGAAAAAAAUCCAGACUGUGAAUCGGUUGUAGCCCAGGAAUUGGCAAUCUGUCGAGAAAUGGUACAGCUCUUGCCUCUCAAGAUGGAGCAGAUCAGGGCUCAGUGUUGAUAAACUACCUGACUUUUAGGAAACCAAAGAACUUUGAUUUCAUUUAAAAUUUACAGAUAUGGUUGUGGUGUGAAAAGUGCAUGAAUGUGGUGAGAAUGUUUCAAGUUGACAUUCCAUACUGGAGAGGUGAUGAAUAUGUAUUAGAAAUUUGUUUCAGAAUUAGUUGAGGUGUAAAGAAAAAACUUAAAUUUUACAAAGAUAGCACUUCAUACUUGAUCAUUAUGUUUUAAACUAAAGAGAUAUAGUCUUAACUAUUAAAAUUUAAUGAUAUAAAGAUUUUGAUGACCAUGUAAUACAUUGUGAGUUACAACCCAUGAGAAACACUUAGCUGAGUAUAGAAUUUUUUCAGCAUCUUUUACCCUGUAUGGAAGAUUAGUUGCAGAGUAGAUAUAUGAUGUGAAAUAUGUGAUAUAUAAUGCUUGCUGUAAUUCUGUAUUAUCAAUAUACUGCUUGAUUGUAAUUUGAUUAUACUUCAACUUAAGAUUUUGGGCAGAUACAUCUUGCUGUUUGGAUAAAUUGUGUAGACCUAAUAUGUGGUAAUGCAUUUUAGGAAAGAGUUGACUGUAUUUUGUAGCUAUAGAGUAAAAAAUUAUGUUAUAGUUAUUUUUGAAGAAAGGAAAAAUCCAGCAAGCUGCUGUGUAGAAGAGAAGGGUUAAACUUUACCUGGAAAGUUUCUUUGUGUGAUUUUUGUAUACACUGCCUCUGUUUAGAUAUUUGCUAUUUCCUGUUACAUAACAUUUUUAACAUACCAAGUAUAUAUUUUCAGUUGACUAUUUUUCUUUAGAUUUUAUAAUAUUGAAGGCAUCAUUAGGAUAUCAUUCCAUAAUGCAUUGGUCAUUUUUCCAGCUGAUCAAGUAAAAUUACUUCCAAGAAGUUGAUCUUUGAAAGGCAUUCCUUGUAAAAAUGAGGAAGAUGAAAUAAAAAGCCUUUAUGCAUUGUAGGUUUCUUUUCAAAUUCUUUUAUGUGUGUUCAUGUAAAAUAGUUCGCAAACACAGUAAGUAAGCAGUUCGGUUGAAUGCUUUAUGUUUUAUGUGUGAUAAUUAUCUAUUUUUUAUAACUAUAGCUCUGGAAACUACACUAUAUAGUUACAUUUAUGCCCUUGGGUUGGUGGUUUUAACCCAGUUGUACUGGUUGACAUCUAAUCAGGUUUUGGUGAACUUGGUCUAAGUGCAAGGUGGCAGAUAUCCAUGCCAUAUGCAGUUAUCUGCUUUUAGUUGUGUGUUAAACAGUUGGUUGCAUGUUUGGCCCUGUGAUCAUUGAGGAAAUACAGCCCCCUAAGCAUAGGUUUGAUGACUCUUUUAAGCCUCAAAUGUGUGUGUAUGCCUCAGCUUAAAGUGUAAAGAACAGGGUAUAUAUAUGUUUCCUGCACUCCUAGAUUUUCACAAGAGCAAGUGGCGACAUAGAAUGCAUGGCACAUGACAAUGUGGUGUGCAGAAAGCCUUUCAUCAAUGAGCUAAGUAAGAGCAAGAUACAGAUGGUGGACUACUUAUAAGUGAAAGAAAAAGAGCAAAUGAAAAUAUCAUUAACUUUCAUGUGCGAAAGUGCCAAUACUACAUGUUCUUUGGUUUGUUUGUAAUUGCAUUUAGAGUUGUGUAAAGACAGUAAUUAUGCAGUUUGAUACCAUGAGUAAUUUUGGAGGAAAAGAGGAUAUGUGUAAAGUCAGCAUUUUAAAUAACUUGGAAUAUAACCUUGUAGGGAUACUCUGUAUUCUUUGUGGUUGUGUUGUGUGUGUGUAUGUGUGUGUUAGUGCAUGUCUGCCUGUCUGCACGUGUGUGUGCAUGUGAGUCUGUUUGUUCAUGUAAGUUUUUACAGUAUCUUUUAGAAAGUGUGCAAGAAAUUUGUCUACAUUCCUAUUUUUAUGAAUCUCCUCAUGAUCUCACACUAAUUCUGUGCAUAUGGCACAUACCAGAGUGAUAGAAAGUUGGCCAUAGUCAUUUUACCAUUGCAGACCAUAAUGAAAUAGAUUAAAUGUUUCCAGUAUGCUUCAGAAACUAAAUUCAGUCGGCCUUGCAUUCAAUAAUGUGAGAUAAAGACCAGAAAAAAUUUGUUUACAUGUUGCUUAUUCAAGCUAUUAAACACUCUGUUUUUUUAGUUGGC